UUUGGAUCUCUCUCUCUCUCUCUCUCCAUCCAUCUCAACCUCCUCUUCCCCCUCCCUUUUCCAGUGCUCUUGAGCUGAAGACCACAGACCCCAAGUUUCUCACUUGCUUUUGCUGCUCCUCGAGUCGGUCGGGACUGUUCUGUUGCCUGUGGGAGUUGCUGCUGGUGCUGGUGCUGCUGCUGGUGCUGCUGGUGGUGGGUUGGUGGUGGGGUGGGGGAGAGAAGAGGACACAAGAGGUGUUGGAGGAGAUGCUGCGCCCUUGGCUCCUGGGCUCACUGCUCGCUGUGUGUCUGACCACAGCCAACAGCACCAGCCACAGCAAACGCCAGACUGCCCCCGGCCAAAGUUACUGCAUUGAUAAUGGAAAGAUUUAUCAGGUCAAUCAGCAGUGGGAACGGACCUAUGUGGGCAGGGUUCUAAUCUGUACCUGCUAUGGGGCAGGUCGAGGCUGGAACUGUGAAUCUAAGCCAGAUGUUGAAGAGGUUUGCUUUGAUCAGUACACUGGGACCAGGUACACUGUUGGAGAGAUCUGGGAGCGUCCUAAGGAUAGCAUGACUUGGGACUGUACCUGUAUCGGGGCUGGCCGAGGACGGAUCAGCUGCACCAUCGCAAAUCGCUGUCACGAAGGUGGACAGUCUUACAAGAUCGGUGAUACCUGGCGCCGGCCUCAUGAAACACGGGGGCACAUGCUGGAGUGUAUUUGCCUUGGAAACGGCAAGGGAGAGUGGACCUGCAAGCCAAUAGCGGAAAGAUGCUACGAUAAUGUUGGCGGCACCUCUCACGUUGUUGGGGAGACCUGGGAGAGGCCUUACCAAGGCUGGAUGAUGGUCGAGUGCACGUGUCUCGGAGAAGGGAAUGGGCGCAUCACCUGCAGCUCCCGAAACAGGUGUAAUGACCAGGAUACAAAGAGUUCCUACAGAAUCGGGGAGACCUGGACAAAGCAAAAUGCCCAAGGAAACACUCUUAACUGCGUUUGUACAGGCAAUGGGCGUGGAGAGUGGAAAUGUGAAAUGCAUGCAUCUUUGACAUCUGAUGUUGCUGUUGGCUCUCAUGUGGUCGCAAAUGUUCACCCUGCUGUUUACCAGCCUCAGCCUCACUGUGUCACUGAAGGUGGCACUGUGUAUGGUGUUGGAAUGCAAUGGAUCAAGAUGCAAGGCAGCACACGCAUGCUGUGUACCUGCCUGGGUAACGGUGUCAGUUGCCAGGAGCUAUCAAUGCAGACAUAUGAUGGUAAUGCAAGUGGAGCACCUUGUGUAUUCCCGUUCACUUUCAUGGGCAAGAGUUAUCACACCUGCACCGAUGAAGGACGUCGUGAUAGCAAACUCUGGUGUAGUACCAGCGCAAACUUUGACAAAGACGGAAGUUACUCUUUCUGCAGAGACCAGGCUGCGACCACAUUUGUCAAAACCCGAGGAGGGAACUCCAACGGGGCCUUGUGUUACUUUCCCUUCUUGUACAACAUGCGCAAUUACACCGAGUGCACGGCCGACGGAAGGAGGGACAGCAUGAAGUGGUGCGGCACGACACAAAACUAUGAUGCCGAUGGCAAAUUCGGCUUCUGUCCAAUGUCUGAAAACGAAGAAGUCUGCACCACUUCUGAAGGGGUUAUGUAUCAUAUCGGAGACCAGUGGGACAAGCGCCAUGAUCAGGGCCAUAUGAUGAGAUGUACCUGCAAUGGGAAUGGUCGUGGAGAAUGGAGUUGCAUUGCACACACUCAGCUUCAAGAUCAGUGCGUCGUAGACGGAGUGACCUACGAUGUGGAUCAGACCUUCCGCAAGCGACACGAUGAAGGACACAUGAUGAAUUGCACCUGCUUUGGCCAAGGCCGUGGGCGAUGGAAGUGUGAUGCCAUUGAUCAAUGCCAGGACACCGAGACCCGCCAGUUUUACCAGGUUGGCGAAUCGUUCAGUAAAUUGCUUCAUGGGAUCACAUACUCGUGCCACUGCUUUGGGCGAGGAGUUGGUGAAUGGACCUGUGAACCACAGCAGCCUUUCCCAGGAGGCAGUGGAGUUCGAGUCCUGAUCGCAGAGAGCGGGAACCAGCCAAACUCCCGUCCUGUCCAGUGGAAUGUCCCAUCGUCGUCUCACAUCAAGCAGUACAUUCUGAUGUGGAGACCUAAAAACAGUAGAGUCACGUGGGAGAAAGUGACAAUUCCUGGCAACAAGCACUCCUAUACCAUCAGCGGUCUGAGAUCUGGGAUCACGUACGAAGGCCAGCUCAUCAGUAUCUUGCACUACGGGCAGAAAGAGGUCACCUAUUUCGAUUUCACAACCUCACACGGAGCAUUGGCCCCGUUCGGGGGGGAGACCACUGACGUCAAUUCCCGAAGUCACAUUCUGGAGACUCGUACAUCGGAAUCCAUCACUGAGAUCACCUCCAACAGCUUUGUGGUCUCCUGGGUGUCCGCUUCAGACACAGUGUCUGGUUUCAGGAUCAAGUACGAGCUCAGUGAGAAUGACGCCACACCUCAGUACCUUGACGUUCCAAACACUGUAACAUCUGUUUCUAUCCCCGACCUGUUGCCUGGUCGCAAAUACAUUGUCAAUGUAUUCGAAGUGACGGAGGAAGGCGAGAAGCUGAUCCUGACGACCACUCCAACAACUGCACCUGAUACUCCCACUGAAUAUAGCGUUGAUGUUGUUGAUGAAACAGCCAUCACCAUUAAAUGGUCUCCACCUCAAGCUCCCAUCACAGGUUACAGAGUGGUCUACACGCCCUCUGUGGAAGGUGCCAGCACUGAACUUACUCUGCCCAGCACGUCCACCUACGUGACCUUGAGUGACCUCCAUCCUGGUGUGCAGUACAACAUCAGCAUCUACGCUGUGGAGGAGGAACAGGAAAGUGUUCCUCUCGUCAUCCAGCAGACCACGGCCGGCGAGCCACUCCAAGCUGUCCUGCCGGCACCCACCAACCUGCAGUUUGUGGAUGUGGCUGAGACCAAGAUAACCAUCAUGUGGAACCCACCAAACGCUGAGAUCACCGGCUACCGUGUCAGGAUCCACCCCAUCACCCGGCCCAGGGAGCCAGCCUUUGAGCUGCCCGUUACCAGAAAUUUUGCCGAGGUCACCAGCCUGUCGCCCGGCACCACCUACCGCUUCGAAAUCUACACAUUGAACCUAGACACCGAGAGCACCCCACUGGUCGGGGAGAAAACCACCAAACUGGACGCCCCAACGAAUCUUGAGUUCAGAAAUGUGAGUGAAAUGUCUGCGAUUGUGACAUGGACGCCUCCUGUGGCCAGAAUCACAGGCUAUCUCCUCGUUUGGGGCCUGACCACCGGGGGGCAGCCCGAGACCGCCAACUUGAGACCCGGUGUCUCGCGCUAUCCGCUGAACGGCCUCAAGCCCGGGUCUGAGUACGUUGUGGCGCUCACUGCCGUGCAGGAAAACCAGCAAAGCCAGAGAAUCCACAGCAUCCUGACCACCUUUGAGUCUAUGGGCCCCAUUCCUAACUUUAACACUGAAGUGACUGACACAGACAUCUUGAUUACCUGGACUCCCAUUAAGAAGUUUUCCUUCAAGGUUGGAGUCAGACCAAGCGAGGGCGGAGAGUCUCUCGAAGAGAUUUCAGACACUGGCCUGAUUGUUAUCACAGGCCUGACGCCAGGAAUUGAAUACACGGUUGAAAUCUCUCUGUUGGUCAACGGGCAGGAACGAGAUAGUCCCAUCAUUAAGAAAAUUGUUACCGACCUUUCCCCACCUACUGAUCUGAAAGUCCAGUCCAAUCCCACUACUGGAGAACUGACAGUCACCUGGCAAGAAACAGCAUCACCAGAUGUGACUGGUUACCGAGUGACCUGCGCUCCCAGGAAUGGUCAGCAAGGUGGCAGCACACUGGAGGAGUUUGUCCAAGUCGGACAGAGCUUCUGGACCACGGAUAACCUGAGCCCCGGUGUUGAAUACAAUAUCAGCAUUUACACUGUAAAGGGUGACAUGGAAAGCGUUCCAGUUUCCACAAUAGUAACGCAAGACAUCCCCCAGCUCACUGACCUCACCUUCGUUGACGUUAGCGACUCCAGCAUUGGUCUCAGAUGGACACCACUAAACUAUUCUACCAUUACUGGCUACCGCAUCACUGUCAUUGCCGCUGGGGAAUCGGUUCCUAUAUUUGAAGAUUUUGUGAGCUCGUCUACAGGAUAUUACACUGUUUUCGGAUUGGAGCCUGGGAUACACUACGACAUCAGUGUUGUCACUCUUGUAGAGGGUGGUGAGAGUAUUGCUACAACGCGACAACAGCAAACUGUGGUGCCUGCUCCCACUGACCUGCGCUUCACCAACGUGAUCGCUGACGCAAUGCGAGUUAUCUGGAUACCACCCGAUUCAGUCGACCUCAGCAAUUUCCUCGUGAUCUACUACCCUGAAGGGCAUGAGGAAGAUAAUACCAGACUAACCAUUUCACCUUCAAAUAGCAUGGUCUUGCUGAGAGAUCUGCUGCCUGGUACUGAAUAUGUGGUUCAGGUCUUCUCUGUGAUCGAUGAGCGUGAGAGUGCACCACUCAGUGGAUUGCAGAAAACAGGCAUUGACUCCCCAACUGGCAUUGACUUCUCUGAGACGACCACCACCUCGUUCACUGUGCACUGGAUUGCACCCCGUGCCCCGGUGACCGGAUACAGAAUCCGAUUCCACAUCGAUGGUGGAUCAAGGCCAAGGGAUGAGCGUGUACCUGCGUCCCGCACCUCGGCUCUGCUGACCGGGCUGUCUCCAGGCAGCGAGUACAUCGUCAGUGUCUUCGCUCGUAACGGCCCUCAGGAAAGCAACCCUCUGGUCGGCCACCACUCCACAACUUCUGAUUCUCCAGUUGAUCUAGAGUUUACCAGCUCGACUCCCAAAUCCCUGACCGUCAGGUGGACGCCUCCUCCUGUGGCCGUCAGAUAUUACAGAAUAACCUAUGGCGAGACAGGAGACCGUAAGCCUGUGAGAGAGACCACGGUGCCUGGUGGAGAGUCCUCUACUACUCUCAACAACCUGCUUCCUGGCACCGAGUACAAAGUGACUGUUUAUGCUGUGGCCAGUCGCGGGGACAGCCCAGCAUCCAGCAGACCAGUUGUGGGCAUCGAGAGAACAGAGAUCGACAUGCCAACUGGACUAGAAGUCAAAGAAGCACACGGGAACAGUCUGAGAGUUAGCUGGAGACCCCCUGUUGCCCCAAUAAUAGGUUACAGGGUCACAAGUGUCCCUAAGGAUGGCCAGGGUCUACCUGUAACCCAAAUGGUCCCUGCCGGUCAAAACACGGUGACUUUAGAGGGCUUAAUGCCAACAGUGGAGUACAUGGUUAGUGUGUCUGCACUGGGUGAGAGGGGAGAGAGCCCACCCCUGACAGAAACAACCUUCACCACCAUUGAUCGUCCGAAAGGACUCACGUUCACAGAUGUUGAUGUUGAUUUCAUCAAAAUUGCUUGGGAGAGCCCUGAGGGUCAGGUCACUAGCUACAGGGUGACCUACUCAAGCCCUGAGGAUGGAAUGCGUGAGGUUGUGCCAGCACCUGAGUCUGAGGAUGAUUCUGCUGAGCUGAAGGGUUUGAGGCCUGGCACAGAGUACAUAGUGAGCGUGUAUGCCCUGUACCUUGACCAGCAAAGUUUGCCUCUGAUAGGCAAUCAGAGUACAGCCAUUCCUUCCCCCACUGGCCUGGAGUAUGUACAGGUAACUCCAACCAGCAUGACCAUUAGCUGGCAUGCACCCGAUGCUCAGCUGACUGGAUACCGUGUAGUGGUGAGCCCAAGGGAGAAAUCUGGUCCGACCAAGGAGCUGAAUCUGAGCCCAGAUAACACUAGCGCCACCAUCUCUAGCUUAAUGGUUGCAACUAAAUACAACAUCUUGAUCUAUGCCAUGAAAGGCUCACUGAGCAGCAGACCCCUGCAAGGCAUCAAAGCAACGCUUGACAAUGUCAGCUCACCCCGCAGAAUCCGAUUGGGUGGGAUCACGGAGACCAGCAUUACCUUGCAAUGGCGCACAAAGUCCUCCGAGACCAUCUCUGGCUUCCAGAUUGAUGCAGUGCCUUCUGGCAGCAGGAGCCCUGUCCAGAGAACUGUAGGUCCUGACCAGCGAGUGUACACCAUUACAGGUCUUUUGCCCGGCACCGAGUAUAAUAUCCACAUUUACACUCUUAGUGGGAAUUCCCGCAGCCCACCCUCCACUAUCGUUGCUAAAACUGGUAUCGAUUCUCCAUCAAACCUCCGGUUCAUCUCAGCCACUGCUGAUACCAUCAUAUUCACAUGGCAGCCACCACAAGCUUCGAUCACUGGCUAUAUUAUUACCUUUCACCCCAGGAGAGAGCAGCCCGUGCCACUGAGGCCUCAGCCGACGGCGACUGCCAGGGAAGCUGUGAUCACAGGUCUUCAGCCUGGAACCGAAUACUACAUUUACAUUAAAGCAGUUCAGGGUGAUCUACAAAGUGAGCCUUUGAUUGGAAAGAAGUUCACAGCUUCUACUUUACAGCUUGCCACCCUCUUGCCACCAUACGUAAACCCCGAACGAGUGGGCAUUCCGCCCUUUUACGAUCAGUUUAACUCCGAGUCCAAAUACGAUGAGAGGAAUCAUGUGCCGAUUACAGGAAUAACUGACCAAGGUUUGGGUUUAGGUGGCCAGAGUCCACCAUUAGUUGAAGUGACCAACCAACAUCGCGAGCCAAUUCGACCGGAACAGCCGGACCACCGAUACAAGCCUCAGCCAGGUACCACCCCUGGCCGGCAGCCGAUUACCGAUCGAGGUCAGCCAGAUUUUACGGGGGGGCCUCAUAAGCCUUAUCCACCGAGGGUGACCUUGCAGGGAACAGUGGAGGAAACAGGGCAGAAUCCUCCGCUCAACCGUGUAUUAGUGGUGGACGAGACUCUCCCUCCCCUCCGACUGCGACCCGAUCGCAACCAGACCAGCGAGGAGGCACAGCAGUCGAGAACCAUCAUCUCCUGGAAGCCAGUCACUGUCGCCUCCGAGUACUUGGUGUCCUGCCAUCCCGUGGGCCGUGAAGAAGAUUUGUACCAGUUCAGAGUACCAGGAACUUCAACUCGAGCAGUACUGACCGGGUUGUCCUCAGGGUCACAGUACAAUAUUAUUGUAGAAGCUUUGAAAGGGCAUUUGAGACAAAAAAUUCUGGAAGAAAUCAUCACUGGAGGCGAUUCUUCUUCUGAAGAGUUGUCUCCCGGCUCCAGCAUGGAAGACUCCUGCUAUGACAGUGCCACUGGCUCCUACUACACAGUGGGCCAGGAGUGGGAACGCAUGUCUGAAACUGGCUUCAAACUUUGGUGCAAAUGCUUAGGCUAUGGAAGUGGUCAUUUCAGAUGUGAUUCAUCCAAGUGGUGCCACGACAAUGGCAUGAACUACAAGGUGGGUGAGAAGUGGAAUCGUCAAAGUGAGAUGGGUCAGAUGGUCAGCUGCACUUGCCUGGGCAAUGGGAAGGGAGAGUACUCAUGCGAGCCUCAUGAAGCCACAUGUUACGAUGAAGGAAACCUGUACAAUGUAGGCGAACAGUGGCAGAAGGAGUACCUCGGGACCAUCUGCACUUGCACGUGUCUUGGAGGACGACAGGCUUGGAGCUGUGAGAAUUGCCGCAAUCCUAAUGUGGAUAGCUUGGUGGACAGCACCCACUCUCAGUCUUCAGAGUCUCUGAACCGAAGGCCCAAACUGUUUCCAUCAACAGUGGGAACGAGAGGAUACGUGGUUAUAAAUCAAAUCCAAUGCCCCAUCGAGUGCCUCGAGCCGAACGAUCAGAGGGCUGAGGGGGAAUAAGAAUCUUGAAAGCACUGAAGUGACAGCCGAACUGCUGCGCUGCUAACUAAACACCAAAUCUAUCGAGCUUCCAGAUCGUGUCUGCCUGUGUGUGUUUGUGCGCGAGCUUGCGUGUGGAGAGAAACAAGAGAGAGAAUGCAUGCACCCAAAUACCUUUUGCCAGCUUCAGCACAGCUCCCUGUCACAGCCUCCCUCCCAGCGUUUAGAGUUCGACAGGCUGUCAGCUGAAGGCUUUAGUGACUGGGUUUAAAUUACUGAAGACCUUGCAAAUUUUUUUUUCCUUGAAACACCAUUCAGUAUUACAAUCCCAACCCAAAUGCAUAGGGUCCCACUUGAGAGAGAACCCCUUCUGAGACUACUCAGUUCUCCCUCCCCAGUCCCCACGUCUAUUGUAAUGUACAAUGAGUUAAAUGAUCAGCACUGCUGUUAAUUUUCAGAAAUGCACACUUUUCUACACGAUAACCUACAAACAGCAUCAGGACUAACUUGAGUGUUUACAGUGAUUGAUGUAAUUUUAUAGCUGUAAGGAGCUGUUAUUUAUCAAAACUUUUCUUUCCAUGCAGUGUUUUUUUUUUACCAAACCUUUUUUUAUACUGUACACAAACUCAAAACAAAGGGUGAAAUUUGGCAACUUUUUUGGGGGUAUAAUUUACACGAUUGGUGAUGGGCCUGUUUACAGACGCCAAAGCUUUCUGCUGUGGACAGCCAAUUCUGGUUUUAAUAAAGAUACUUUUUUUUAAACCCUUA